AUGAACGUAGAAGCUGUCAGAUCCUGUCAGGAGGCUAACAGCACAUUGCUGCUUGGUAUGGCUGACACCGCCAAAGUGACUAGUAACGCCAUAAAAGAAGCCUUAGAGAAGGGCAGCACCAGCAGCAAGGUCGACGCCCUUAAGCAGCUAAUCCGUCUACAUGUCAAUGGUGAGCCUCAAAACUCAAUGAUCAUGACCGUCAUUAAGUACGCGGUUCCGGUUGACGAUCAUCUCAUUAAGAAGCUUGUUUUGUACUUCUGGGAAGUCAUUGAUAAGAGGGACAAAGAUGGGAACCUACUCAAUGUUAUUAUACUAAUUUGCUCCUUCUUACGUAACGACCUGCAGCACCCGAAUGAGUAUGUGCGGGGGCUGACUUUGCGCUUUCUGUGUAAGAUUGAGGAGCAGGAUCUCGUGGAGCCUCUGGUCUCGGCCGUUGUUCAAAAUUUGACCCAUCGCGUGGCCUAUGUUCGUCGUAACGCAGUGCUGGCAGUUCACUCCAUCUUCAAAAAGUUCCCAGAUUUGCUGCCGGAUGCACCGGAUUUGGUCGAGACCUUCAUUGGCAAUGAAACCGACGUCACAGCACGGCGAAAUGCUUUUGACAUGCUCGCUGUAUUCACACCGGAGCGAGCCGCCCGUUUUUUGAUUGAGUUCAAGGACACGAAUAAUAUGUCCGAAGCUGGCAGCUGCUUCCUGAUGUCUGUGGUGGACUUCUGUGGUCAGAUGAUACGACAAAAUCCAUAUGACCGUGCUAAGUAUGUCUCCAUUUUGUUUUCAGUGUUGCAGGACAAAGCCCCGGCGGUGCGCUUUCAGUGUGCUGCGACCUUGCUAAAUCUCUCUGCUUCACCUACUGCAAUUAGACAGGCCACACAGACGUAUAUCGACAUACUCAAAUCGCACUCGGACAACAGUGUCCGGCUGAUCGUAGUUCAGCAGCUCGAGUUGAUGCGCGGUCGAUUUCUCGAAGGCCUUCAAGACUCCCUUAUGGAUCUGUUGAGCGCUUUGCAGGAUAGUUUGAUACCUGUACGCAAACGCAUUAUCAACCUGGCGGUCGGGCUUAUAACGAACAAAAACAUCGAUUUUUUUAUUCAAGCCAUGAAGAAAGAAUUGUUGUGUACACAAAAUGAAUCCGAUGCGUUCAGAACAGCUGUUGACCUUGACUAUCGGCAGAUAGUCAUCAAGUCUAUAGGUAUUGCUCUACUACAUUGUCCGAAGGCUGCUGCAAGUGUUCUUCCUGUUCUGUUGGAUUUUGUGAGUGACGACACCUCUGCUGCUGGUGAGGUUGUGAAUCUCAUCAAAGUGAUGCUUCAGGAUCACCCAGAGAUGCGAGCCUCAACAGUAGAAAAGCUUAUUGAAGUAUUUCCCUCAAUUACCUUGUCUGGCGUGAUGCGGUGUGUAUUGUUGCUACUCAGCAACCACGCAGAGAGCAGAUCUGAAAUACUCAAAGUACUAAAUCUCAUAAUGGAAGAAAUGGGCUCACUCCCCCUAACCCUGCCUAAAACAACAACGUCGAUAGGAUGCACAGUUGAAGCUUUAAACAGCAGCGGUCAUGCCGACAAAGACUGCGCAAAAGUUCGGGCCAUGACAACCGUACGUGAGGAUGGCACCUACAUGACUGCAUACACCACUACUCCAGCUAACGCAGGGGUUAGUGGCAGUGGCGCAGACAUUUCUGACGAACAGGACGAGUCUACUAAACUGCGGAGCGUCAUCGUACAUGGUGAUUACUUUCUAGCCUCGACACUUGCGGAUGUGCUACCUAAGCUUGUCACGCGCCUCUUCAUUAAAUUUCCCGAGGAAGUGGAUGUUAACAAAGAGAUGCAAUCGAAUGCUAUCGAGUUACUCAACGAGAUCCUACGUUACGGCACUGAUGAGGGUACACUUAGUUUUAUGGAGGACGACUGCCAAGAACGCUUGCAUCUCUCGCUACUGUUACUGGCGAACCCCUUGGCAGACUUUUUGGUGGACAUCCAUCAGAAUUCGAGCGAAGGGUCGGUAAGGCCUUAUCAAGGGUUCGGAAAGACCAAGGACGACCAAAAACUGUACGGUGGAAGUGAUGGUUUCAACCACAAGAAUAACUUACCACUCUGUCCUGUAGACGCCCCCUUGUUUUUCACACAAAUUACGGAGGGGGGGAGUGGUGGGAAGGAUGCGAUGUGCACGAUGGAGGCUGCCGACAGUGUGAUGGGGCCUGAAUGCGAUGGUGCAAUGUCUCUAGACUGGGACAGUAAUGCGGAUCAAUUCAGUAAUAAGCCAUUUCUCCAGCGGAUCGAAGAAACUAUCACUCUGUCUGGCUUCUGUGACCCCAUCUACUGUGAGGCCAGCAUCGAGGUGCACCAGAUUGAUAUUAUGGUGAACUGGUUGCUUGUCAACCGCUGCGAUCAAUUGCUGAGUAACGUGACCAUCGAACUCACCUCUCUCUGUGGAAUGAGACUAGUGGAGAGGCCACAGAGCUACGUCCUUGCUCCAUACGGCUCACUUCAGACGCGCACCGCGCUGAAGGUAGGAGCUGCCGAGUCGGGUGUUCUAUACGGCAACAUCUUUUUCGACAGUCCCCAGCACCGGAAUGGCUGCAUCAUAUUGAAUGAUAUCCACGUCAACAUCAUGAAUUAUGUUAAACCGGCAUAUUGCCAGCUAUCAGAAUUUCGAUCAAAAUGGGGUGUUUUUGACUGGGAAAACAAGGUUGAGAUUGUUACCAGCAAGCGCCAGAUAUGUGAUUAUAUCGACUUCAUAGUAAACGAACUUAACAUGCAGCUUCUAGAUGACAAUCUCGAGGGGUAUAAUGGCGAAAAGCAAUUCGCAUCAUCCUCUAACGAAGAUGACGCAAAGUCUCAUGAGUACAUGUCUUGUAAUUUCUACGCGCGGACUAUCUUUGAUGAGGAUGCACUAGUUAACGUCAGUAUAGAGCACGAACCAAACGGUAUGAUCAGCGGAGUUGUGCGCGUUCGAUCGAAUGUUAAGGCGGUAGCUUAUGGCAUCGGCGAGAAGCUGAACGCACUACAGAGAGCUGGUUGUUAA